AUAGAAGAUAUACAGAUAGACAACCAAUACCAAACAAUGAGACCAAUAAAGUUGAUGGGUCAUGAGCGUUCAUUGACUCAAGUUAAAUACAACAGAGAAGGUGACUUAUUAUUCUCAGUUGCCAAAGAUAAUGCCGCAUCUAUCUGGUAUUCAUCCAACGGUGAAAGAUUGGGUACUUUAGAAGGACACCAGGGGGUAAUUUGGUCUAUUGAUGUUGACCCAGAAACCCAUUUGGUUGCUACUGGAGGGGGUGACUUGGCUAUCAAGUUGUGGAAAGUCGAAAACGGUCAAUGUUACUACACUUGGGAAUCUCCAUCUCCAGUUAGAAGAGUGGCAUUUAAUUCUGAUGGUACCAAGUUAUUGGCUGUUGCCGAUCAAGUUAUGGGUCACAUAGGUACUAUUUCCGUGUUUGAAAUAAAUCAAGAAAAUGCUACUUUAUCCAACCAAAAGGCAGACCCAGUGUUAGUUAUUAGCACUGCUGAAGGUGGUUCUAAAGUCACAGUUGCUGGGUGGUCCGGUGAUAACAAAUACAUCAUUGCUGGUCAUGACAAUGGAUCUAUUUCCAAGUAUGACUCACAAACUGGAGAAUUAGUCCAAUCAUUACAAGCUCACGGUAUACACAAUGAAGAAAAGGUUGUUUCCAUCACCGAUAUUCAAUUUGCCCCAGAAGACAAAUCUUACUUUAUUACUUCUUCCAAGGACAAGACUGCUGUUUUGAUUGACGUUGAUACUUUUGAACCAUUGAAAUUAUACAAGGCUGAUGCUCCAAUGAACACCGCUGCCAUUACUCCAGUCAAGGAUUUCGUUAUCUUGGGUGGUGGUCAAGAAGCCAGAAAUGUUACCACCACUGCUGAAUCCCAAGGUAAGUUUGAAGCUAGAUUCUACCACAAGAUUUUCCAAGAUGAAAUUGGUCGUGUCAAGGGUCAUUUCGGUCCAUUGAACACUGUUGCUGUACACCCAGAUGGGUCCGGUUACAGUAGUGGAGGAGAAGAUGGUUUUAUUAGAGUGCAUACUUAUGAUAAGUCAUAUUACGAUUUCCUCUUUGAUGCUGAAAGAACCGAAAAGGUUGAUAAUGCUGCUAUUUAAAGUUUACAGUUCUCUCCAUCAGUUUUUUAGUACGUUUUCCCAAAACUUGUAUAUUAUUUCUAGGCUAAUAAAAUAAUUACCUGUUAAACACGUCUGUUUUACACGAUGGCAAUUGUAAUCAACACAACGAAUUAGUAAUCUCUAUGAAUGUAGAACAAAGCCGAUCUAACCCAAUUUGGAAACACACGUAGGAAGUGUAACAAGAAGUAAACAAUUAGUCAGAACGGAGAUAAGAUAUACAAGUGGCGACUCGCAUUGUUUGCGGAGGUAAUCUUCGUUUGAUUUGUCAUACAUCCACAGAAUGUUCUAGC